AAACAAAAUGGGCCAAAUCCAGGGAUUUGGGCUUUAGUGUAAGGUGCAGUGGUCAGUGGUGCACACACGCCCUCCCCCAAAUUCCUUAUACUCAUAGUUGGGUGACAACAAAUCUGUAGAUUUCUCGAGGUGAACACCAAUGGGGUUAGGGUUACUAGCAUCCAGAACUCUCCGAUCCACAUCCUCCAAACUCCUAACCACAUACCCUAAAUCCACCAUCCUCCGCACCAUCGUCUCAACACCGGACCUCCACAAACCGGACGCCGCCGCUGAACCCGCGGCACCUGAACCGGAUCUCCCAAAGCGGACACCAAUCGCCGGAGCUAGGGUUCAUUUCCCCAAUCCAGAUGACGUCAUAGAGGUUUUUGUUGAUGGAUAUCCGGUGAAGAUCCCGAAAGGUAUGACUGUUCUGCAGGCUUGUUCGGUUGCCGGUGUUGAUAUCCCUAGGUUUUGUUAUCAUGAUCGGUUGUCGAUUGCUGGUAAUUGCCGGAUGUGUUUGGUGGAGGUUGAGAAGUCGCCGAAACCGGUUGCUUCUUGUGCAAUGCCUGCACUUCCAGGGAUGAAAAUAAAGACCGACACACCAAUAGCCAAAAAAGCUCGUGAAGGAGUCAUGGAGUUCCUUCUAAUGAAUCAUCCACUCGAUUGCCCAAUUUGCGAUCAGGGUGGCGAAUGUGAUCUCCAAGAUCAAUCCAUGGCCUUCGGAUCCGACAGAGGCCGUUUCACCGAAACCAAAAGAUCCGUUGUCGACAAAAAUCUCGGCCCGUUGGUCAAAACCGUGAUGACCCGGUGCAUCCAGUGCACAAGAUGCGUUCGGUUCGCAACCGAAAUUGCCGGAGUUCAAGAUCUUGGCAUGUUAGGGCGUGGAAGCGGUGAAGAAAUUGGCACGUAUGUCGAAAAACUUAUGACGAGUGAACUUUCAGGAAACGUAAUCGAUAUUUGUCCCGUCGGUGCACUUACUUCAAAACCGUUUGCUUUCAAAGCUAGAAACUGGGAACUUAAAGGAACCGAGACAAUAGAUGUUACCGAUGCUGUCGGUUCCAAUAUUCGUAUAGAUAGUAGGGGCCCGGAAGUCAUGCGCAUCGUACCACGCUUAAACGAGGACAUUAAUGAGGAGUGGAUUUCGGACAAGACCCGAUUUUGUUACGAUGGUUUGAAGAGACAGCGGUUAAACGAUCCCAUGAUUCGCGAUAAUGAUGGGCGGUUUAAGCCGGUGAGCUGGCAUGAUGCGCUUGCGGUGGUGGCUGAGGUCAUCCACCAAGUCAAACCCGAGGAAAUUGUCGGAGUUGCUGGUAAAUUAAGUGAUGCAGAAUCUAUGAUGUUGUUGAAAGAUUUCUUGAACAAAAUGGGGUCGAAUAACGUUUGGUGUGAAGGAAAUGGUAAGAACGUGAAUGCGGAUUUACGUUCGGGUUAUCUUUUGAAUAGCGGUAUCAGUGGAUUGGAAAAAGCCGACUGCUUUCUUCUAGUCGGUACCCAGCCACGGGUAGAAGCUGCUAUGGUAAACGCUAGAAUCCGCAAAACGGUUCGGGCCACUCAAGCUAAAGUCGGGUACAUUGGCCCACCAGCUGAUUUCAACUAUGACCAUCAGCAUCUUGGCACGGGUCCCGAAACUCUUGUUGAAAUAGCGGAGGGCCGUCACUCCUUCAGCUCCGCACUUUCAGCCGCCAAAAACCCGGCAAUCAUAAUCGGUGCCGGGAUCUUUGAGCGCGAAGAUAAAGACGCCAUUUUUUCCGUCGUUCAAUCAAUCUCCGCCAAAAACGAAAACCUAAUCCGACCCGACUGGAAUGGAGUUAAUGUUCUGCUGUUAAAUGCUGCCCAAGCUGCCGCCCUGGACCUCGGACUUGUGCCGGAAUCCGACAACAGCAUUGAAUCGGCUAAAUUUGUGUAUUUGAUGGGUGCCGAUGAUGUUGAUCUUGAUAAGGUUCCGAAGGAUGCGUUUGUGGUGUAUCAGGGGCACCACGGUGACAAGGGUGUGUACCGGGCUAACGUGAUUCUUCCAGGAGCAGCGUUUAGUGAAAAAGAAGGGACGUAUGCGAACACCGAAGGGACAGCUCAGCAAACCGUGCCAGCUGUCCCGACCGUCGGUGAUGCAAGAGAAGAUUGGAAGAUAAUCAGGGCUCUUUCCGAGGUUUGUGGGGUGAAGUUACCUUAUGAUACUAUUAGCGGGGUCCGGUCGCGUAUAAGAACCGUUGCGCCAAAUCUGUUGCGUGUGGAUGAGAGAGAGCCGGCUACGUUUUCUGGGUCGGUUAAACCGGAGAGCUCGAGCAAGGUGAGUGCGACGCCGUUUGGUGUUACGAUUGAUAACUUUUACAUGACGGAUGUGAUCACGAGGGCGUCGAAGAUAAUGGCACAAUGCAGUGCCUUGUUGAAGAAGUGAGAGAUUGUUGUAAGUUCUAAUAAAGAUAUGUUUGAGACGGUUUUAUAAUUCCAGUUUUGAAGAAGCAAACAAAACUGUUGGUUGUAUGCUCAUAAAUGGUUUGUAAUUUGAAGGAGUAUGAGAUUUGACAUUGUUGGAACAAUGCUUGUUUUAUUGCUGCCACAAAAACCAUGUUCAGAAGAUCUGAUUUACAGUUGAUGUCUGUCUAAAAAGUUGUUAACAUUUCACUUA